AUGGCUACAUUCGCAAGCCACAAGUGAUAUUCUGUGUCGGUGAUGUUUUCGAGUAGUGCAUUUUAGUCUCGAUGUUCACCGUACCCGCGAGUUGGCUAUUUUUGAUUGUGUUUUCGUGGUUAAAAAUGGGAACGCUGUCAGAGAGUGACAUCGAAGUGAAUCCUUGCCAUUCCCUGCCUUCUAAUGCAAACCAAGAAGAUGCUCAGGAUGCGAACUAUUACUGCAUGCUAGUUCACUACGAGAUUUGGAAGGAUCAAGCAGAAUAUCUUAAGAACCCUCAUUGUUCACCGUCGUUUGGCGUCGAGUGUACGCCGAGGUAUACGAGUUAUGGUAUUAUGGACAGGAAAUAUCGGUGCACGAACACUGUCAAGCUAUGGACCUCCUGUGCGAAUCCGGUACCUUUUUAUUGGAAAGGAGAGCUCAAAAAAUGUGCCGUAGCUGAGAAAUAUUGGAGCGAACCAAAGGCAUUUUACGUUUCGAGAAAAACGCCUCUAGAAAAAUUGGAACCGAUCUACAAUAAUCACAUUUUGCAUUCUGAUAUGCAACCCAAUACGUGGCAGGAAAAAGGAAAAUACUCUGCACAUUUCGCUGUCCAAGGAUCAAGGGAAUCAAUGGAGGAUACGUUUACCAUUCAAGAAACUAUGGAAAAAAUCAAAGCAGCAUACUUUGCAGUUUUUGACGGGCAUGGCGGAAAUCUGGUAGCAGAAUUUGCUCGAAAAAAUGUAUGGCGUUAUCUAGCCCAGGAAGUCCAGAAAUCGCCCAAGGAGACUAUGGAGCUUAAUUCUCAACCCAUGUCGCUCAGCCCUCCACCUGCACAGUCUCAAAAAAAGUCGAAAUUUAUAAUCGAUGGUAUUGACUACAAAGAUGCUCUAAAAAAAGCUGUGGAGAAAACUGACGAAGAAAUCUUGAAAAGAAUACUCAUUCAUAAUGCUGGUUCAACGGCACUGAUUGCGCUGAUUGUCGGAUUAAAGCUGAUUGUUGCGAAUGUGGGAGACUCAAGAGGAGUAAUGUGCGACUCCAAGGGAAAUACAAAGCCAAUAUCUAUCGAUCAGAAGCCCGGGGACAAACGCGAGAUGGCGAAAAUCAUUGCUGCCGGUGGGCAGGUUAUCCUCACUGACGGCACAUAUCGAUUGAAUGGCGAUUUAGCAAUGUCCAGGGCAUUGGGAGAUUCCCGACACAAGGAGUCCGGGCUCAGCUCGGAGCCCGAUGUUCGCAUCUACGAUCUGUGCUGGUACAAGCCUCAAUUUUUAGUCCUCGCCACGGACGGUCUGUGGGACGUCAUGUCGAACGAAGAAGUGGUCGCUUUCAUCAAAAAUCGGUUUCUCGAGGACUAUUAUGGCGCCAAAAGUUUGGCCUACUUCGCGCACCUCCGCGGAUCCGCGGACAAUAUCAGUAUCACGGUGGUCAAUUUAAAGGAUAAAGAUUGGUCCUGUUGCUCGCCACUGUCAAGGAAACAAAGCCAGCGCUGCAAUGAAUAUUUUAGUAGAUAUCCUCGAUCUCCGAGUAGUGGAAGUGAGAGUAAUAGGUCCUCUUGGUCAUUUAAGUCUUCUGCGUCCUCAAUUCGCAGAAGAUGGAGCGGUUUGUGGCCGAGGAACCGAAACUCUAAGCGGGCAGGCAGCAGUCCACCUUCCUCACCAUGAUUAGAGUCCCUUUGUACUGAGAGUCAAGACAAUGUGAAUCCAUUUCUGAUUGGUUCCCGUAUUUUAGGCCUU